CUCCGGCACCCGGCGGCCCCGGGCGUCCGAGGGGGUGUGAUCGCGGGGGAGUCCCGGGUGCGCAGAGAGAAGGGGCCCCCGGGAGCUCUAUAUGGAGGAGGGAGCCCAGAAUGGUGUGCACCAGGAAGACCAAAACUUUGGUGUCCACUUGCGUGAUCCUGAGCGGCAUGACCAACAUCAUAUGUCUGCUCUACGUGGGCUGGGUCACCAACUACAUCGCCAGCGUGUAUGUGCGGGGGCAGGAGCCGGCGCCCGACAAGAAGCUGGAGGAAGACAAAGGGGACACCCUGAAGAUUAUUGAACGGCUGGAUCACCUGGAGAAUGUCAUAAAGCAGCAUAUUCAAGAAGCCCCCGCCAAACCUGAGGAGGCAGAGGCUGAGCCCUUCACAGACUCCUCUCUGUUUGCACACUGGGGCCAGGAGCUCAGCCCCGAAGGCCGGCGUGUGGCCCUGAAGCAGUUCCAGUACUACGGCUACAACGCCUACCUCAGUGACCGCCUACCCCUCGACCGGCCCCUGCCUGACCUCAGACCCAGCGGGUGCCGCAACCUCUCAUUCCCCGACAGCCUCCCAGAGGUGAGCAUCGUGUUCAUCUUUGUCAAUGAAGCGCUCUCCGUGCUGCUGCGCUCCAUCCACUCGGCCAUCGAGCGCACACCUCCGCACCUGCUCAAGGAGAUCAUCCUGGUGGAUGACUACAGCAGUAACGAGGAGCUGAAGGAGAAGCUGACAGAGUACGUGGACAAGGUGAACGGCCAGAAGCCAGGCUUCAUCAAGGUCGUGCGGCACAGCAAGCAGGAAGGCCUCAUCCGCUCCAGGGUCAGCGGCUGGAGGGCCGCCACUGCCCCUGUAGUGGCGCUCUUUGAUGCCCAUGUGGAGUUCAAUGUGGGCUGGGCUGAACCCGUACUCACCCGCAUUAAGGAGAACCGGAAACGGAUCAUCUCCCCAUCCUUUGACAACAUCAAAUACGACAACUUUGAGAUAGAAGAGUACCCGCUGGCAGCCCAGGGCUUUGACUGGGAGCUGUGGUGCCGCUACCUCAACCCCCCCAAGGCCUGGUGGAAGCUGGAGAACUCCACAGCCCCGAUCAGGAGCCCUGCCCUCAUCGGUUGCUUCAUUGUGGACCGGCAGUACUUCCAGGAGAUCGGCCUGCUGGACGAAGGCAUGGAGGUCUAUGGAGGCGAAAAUGUCGAGCUUGGGAUCAGGGUAUGGCAGUGUGGCGGGAGCGUGGAGGUCCUGCCCUGCUCGCGGAUUGCCCACAUCGAGCGAGCCCACAAGCCCUACACCGAGGACCUCACCGCCCACGUCCGCAGGAACGCCCUCAGGGUGGCUGAAGUCUGGAUGGACGAAUUUAAAAGCCAUGUGUACAUGGCAUGGAACAUACCCCAAGAGGACUCAGGAAUUGAUAUCGGGGACAUCACUGCAAGGAAGGCUCUGAGAAAACAGCUGCAGUGCAAGACCUUCCGGUGGUACCUGGUCAGCGUGUACCCAGAAAUGAGGAUGUACUCGGACAUCAUUGCCUACGGGGUGUUGCAGAACUCCCUGAAGACUGAUUUGUGUCUUGAUCAGGGUCCAGAGACAGAAAAUGUUCCUAUUGUGUACAUCUGCCACGGGAUGACACCCCAGAAUGUGUACUACACGAGCAGCCAGCAGAUCCACGUGGGCAUCCUGAGUCCCACGGUGGACGACGACGACAACCGGUGCCUGGUGGACGUCAACAGCCGGCCGCGGCUCAUCGAGUGCAGCUAUGCCAAAGCCAAGAGGAUGAAGCUCCACUGGCAGUUCUCUCAGGGAGGCCCCAUUCAGAACCGCAAGUCCAAGCGCUGUCUGGAGCUGCAGGAGAACAAUGAAGCGGAGUUCGGCUUCCAGCUGGUGCUGCAGAGGUGUUCGGGCCAGCACUGGAGCAUUACCAACGUCCUGAGGAGCCUGGCAUCCUGACCCCGCCGGGAGCUGCCCCCACGCCCCGCCCCUUUGCUACUGUGUAGCACCCGCUGCAAUGCUGCCUGCUGCCCGUGUGGGGGUGUUUGGAGUCUGGGGAACCAGGUUGGUGGGCCCCCAAAAGAGCUUUGUAUUUCCUAUUCAGUUUUCAUGGAGUUUAUAGAAAGAUGCCGAACGGUGGCUGAGGGUAUAAUAUCAUAAACUAUUUUGCAACUGUAAAUAGGGGACACGUGGAAAAUAUU